AUGGCUAACUUGGGCGCGCAAAAGAUUGCCAUUCUGUCGGUGUACGACAAGACGGGUUUGCUCGACCUGGCCAAAGGGCUGGUCAAGCACAACAUCCGCCUGCUUGCAUCUGGUGGCACGGCCAAAUUGAUCCGCGAGGGUGGCUUUCCUGUCGAAGAUGUUUCCGCCAUCACCAAAGCCCCCGAGAUGCUCUCUGGCCGAGUCAAAACCCUCCACCCCGCCGUCCAUGCCGGCAUCCUCGCCCGCAACCUCGAGUCAGACGAGAAAGAUUUGGCAGAUCAAAACAUCAAUAAGGUCGACUAUGUCAUCUGCAACCUAUACCCCUUCAAGGACACCGUUGCAAAGAUCAACGUCACCAUCCCAGAGGCUGUCGAAGAGAUUGACAUUGGUGGGGUUACGCUGAUUCGAGCGGCGGCGAAGAACCACAACCGAGUCACGAUUCUGAGCGACCCCGAAGACUACCACGAUUUCCUCAACCAGCUGAACAAUGGGGAGGUGCCGGAGAAGAAUCGUCAGCUGUACGCCCUCAAGGCUUUCACCCACACCGCAGACUACGACGCCGCCAUCUCAGACUUCUUCCGCAAGCAGUACGCUAGUGGCGGACUGCAACAGAUCAGUCUGAGAUAUGGCACCAACCCGCAUCAGAAGCCCGCCGCCGCGUACACCACCGACAUGGACCUUCCCUUUAAGGUGCUCAACGGCGCACCGGGCUACAUCAACCUUCUGGAUGCGCUCAAUGCCUGGCCUUUAGUCAAGGAGCUCAGCGAGGCCCUCGACUAUCCUGCUGCUGCUUCCUUCAAACAUGUCUCUCCCGCUGGUGCAGCCAUUGGCGUUCCUCUGAGCGACGUCGAGCGCAAAGUUUACAUGGUCGAUGAUAUUGAAGGCCUCGCCUCUUCUCAACUAGCUCAAGCCUACGCCCGAGCACGAGGAGCAGACAGGAUGUCGUCUUUCGGUGACAUGAUUGCGUUGUCCCACGAAGUCGACCUCCCCACCGCGCGGAUCAUCAGCAAGGAAGUCAGUGACGGCGUUAUUGCACCCUCCUACGACUCCGAAGCCCUUGCACUCCUCAGCAAGAAGAAAGGUGGCAAAUACCUCGUCCUGCAAAUUGACAGGGCCUACACCCCACCCGCACAAGAAAACCGCACCGUCUACGGCAUCCAUCUCACCCAACAUCGCAACGAUGCCACAAUCACCCCGCACAACACCUUCAACACCAUCAUCGUUCCCAAGGAAUCGGCUCCUCUCCCCGAGUCCGCCCUGCGCGAUCUCACCGUCGCCACCAUCGCCCUGAAAUUCACCCAGUCCAAUUCCGUAUGUUACGCUCUCAACGGCCAAGUCAUCGGUCUUGGUGCUGGCCAGCAGUCCCGCAUUCACUGCACCCGCUUGGCCGGCGAUAAGACCGACAACUGGUGGAUGCGCUUCCACUCGCGCGCCCUUGGUCUGCAGUGGAAGAAGGGCACCAAGCGCGCGGACAAGUCCAACGCAAUCGAUAUGCUCUGCAGUGGCGUCGUGCCCGAGUCCGGAAUCGAGCGCGAAGAUUGGGAGCGGAACUUUGAAGAGGCGCCUGCUGUCUUCACUCCGCAGGAGCGGAAAGAGUGGUUGGAGAAGUUGUCGGAGGUGGCGUGCAGUAGUGACGCCUUCUUCCCCUUCACCGACAACGUGUACCGCGCUGCUCGCAGCGGGGUGAAGUACAUCGCCGCGCCGACGGGGAGCCAGAACGAUCAGCCGUGCUUUGAGACGGCGAGUCAAUUGGGUAUUACGUUUGUGGAGCAACACGUGCGGCUGUUCCAUCAUUAG